GCAGUCGUCAUUGCGAUUCGCGAUGAGGAAGUCGCGUCCGGUGCUCCAGCUGCAGCAGAUUGUACCAUCGAUACCAAACCAGCGAGACGGUUUCAGCAGUAAUCUUAGUGUGGAAAAAUGUUUAUAAGGCCAGUGAAUAGGCGAGAGCUCGAGUUAGUUGAUAAUACUGCUUUACUGCUAGCUCCAAAUCCUGCAACAGGCGGCGGUGGCAGCGUUGGCGGUGUCAUUAAAAAGGCGAAAAGCAGCCGCUGGCAUCGGAUUAUGGGCCUGCUAUUUGUGUACACAAUUAUGUCUCUUAUGGUAGUCAAGGUCGUCUCCACAACAGCCCAACACCAGCAGCAGCAGCAGCAACAACAACAGCAGCAAUUACUUAACCACAUUGAGUCGACAACAGGACAGCAGACAGAGACUACGACAACGACGACAGCUACUACUUUUGGCACCGAAAGUGACAACUUUAGCGACAGUUUGGCGCAAGCGGCGGAACGUCAAAACAUCGAGAAGAUGCGUGCCAAGUUACAGCAAUUGCAGCACGAGCAGCAGCAACAGUAUCGCCAGCAACAGUUGCAAAUGCAAUUGCAUCUCCAGCAAAUGCAUCAACAGAUGCAGUUGCAAUUGCAUGCCAACAACGGUGUGGAAGGAGCUGCUGCUGCUGGGACGGCAGAAGAUGAAGGUGUCGGUGGUGUAGCAGCUGGCGAAACUGCGUAUUUAUUGGAGCGUGCCGAUGAUGUUGCGCCCAUUUACGGAACAUGGCGCACGAAAGCGAGACGACCCCAGCCACCAGCAUCGACAACAACGGCGCUGCAACACGCAACAUCGGUGGGUGCAUCAUUGCAGCUCAACACGCUCAGCGAUAGCGAUGCCAACACCAGCAGCAACAUGGACGAUAAUCACCUCUACGAACGGCUGCCAAAGCGAUCCGUCACCAUGACGCCUCUGCGCGAUCAGCUGCCACGGCCACCGCGUCUCUCCACGCAGGGUCCUCCCUCCACAGUACUGCUGCGUCGCCAGUUCUCGGAGACGCCUGGUAGCUUGGCUAUGCGGGAUGACUACAAACCGAAGCCGUUUCACUUUCCCUUCGAGGGUCCGCUACCCGAGCACUUCAAGAAGGGCGAAGCAGAGCGUCCGCAUAUAGCUUUGAACAACAUACAGGACAUUCUGCACAAUCUGCACAUCAACAGCGUAAUGCCCAGCAAGUUGCCUCCUUCGCUUGUGAUGAUGCCCACGGGUCUGCACAUUGCCGGCAGCUAUAAGAACCUCAAGUCCAGUGGCAUUGCGAAUUUCCUGCGUGGCAAGCGCAACAAGAAGCAGAUGCAGUUUAGCAUUCCACUCCCUAUGUUGCCCAUUGGCAUGCCCAUGUCCCUUUAUGGUCCUGCUCCGCAUCAGCGUGUGGCUAUUGAGCAGCUGUAUCCUUUCAAGCCACGAUCACCGCAGGACAUCAAUCUGCUUGCGAUGCAGCCGUCGAGCAAACCCAACUCGAAGAAAAACAAGAAGCAACAACAGCAGCAGCAACAGUUAGCGCAAAGCAACUACAACAUGCUGCUGGAGCAUGGCAGUCAGCAGCACUUUGUGGCCGAUCCCUUCUUGCAGAGCUUUCCACCUAUUAUCACUCUGAAUGCCACUCGACAACCACAGCAUAAGCGAGUGCCAUUCAAAGUGAAUCUGGACAUCUAUCCGGUGGUACCGCCCUCGCGUCCCACCUCGGUGCUGCGCAAUCCCUUCCAGUCUGAGUAUGCUACUCCCUCGGUGGGUCCUUUGCAGGGUUCCUCGGCGGGCUCGAUCUAUGGCCAGGCGCACAUGCAGCACGGCAUCUAUCAGGCCCCUUUCAAGUUCCCCACACAACCUCCGCCACCUUCCACCCAUAUGUCCAUGACUUUUCCCGAUCAGGCCACCCGCUACAGUCAGCAGCAGGCGCUUUAUCACUCCCAAAAGUAUCCACAACAGCAGCAGUCGCAUAACAGCCUGAUGAACGAUGAUUGCAUGCAAUCGAAUUAUAAUGGAAAUACUGGCGCAGUGGACACGCAUUCCAAUCAGAUCAUGCUGCAUCUGAAUGUGUUCCCCAAGCAGAAGCCCACAGCGCAGCCGCAGUUGCAACGGCCCUCCACAAAUCCCUUCUACAAUCACAAUCACAACUACAACUCGAUUGGCCCUGGUACUGGCAGCGGCUUGCAACGCAUUACAAUGGGCGAAGAGCGAGAACGGGAACGGGAAAGGGAACGCGAGCGAGAGCAACCGUUGCCAAAACCUCCAAGUCCCAUUGAGCCAAGACAGGUGGCCAACAGCUCCUUCUCAUCGGCCACAACCGUGGUGCAAUCACAGCAUAAUCAAACCCAGCAGCAGCAACAACAACAACAGUCGCAGCAGCAGCAGCAAUCACAACAACAACCAAUAAAUCGCUCAAUUUCACGCAGCGAUAAUCUGUCGUUGCUUGACUUUGAGCAUCCAAUUGUGGCAGCCGAGUUGCCCCAACUGCCGCAACCCGCUGCACUCGUUGGCAAUCCUCCGCCGGUUCGUUAUGGCCUUCAGAGCGAUCAUUUGCGUUUUGCGAAAAAUGCGCACAUUGAUCAAAUGGCUGCCGAGGCUCAAACAGCGUCGUUAUUUCGCUUUCCCGUCGAGGAUCUAAUACAGUUUCAAGUGGAUGAUGCGCUCUAAUUCACAAAUUU